AUGUUCAUUCAAGGAACUACAUUUGCUUUAUCAUUUAUUCGUGAUUUACGUAAUUUAACUGUUAUUUAUAAACCAAAUGCAUUUAUCUAUCAUAUUUGUCAAACAUCACAUCCUAUUAAUUUUAAACGUAUACGUUGGCAUUAUGAAUCCUUAUAUGAUUCAACAAAUGAUACCGAUAUAUAUUGUAAACGUUUAUUUAAUAAUUCUGAUUGUUUUGAUUUUUAUUAUGGUAUAUCAACAAGUGUACUUGUUAUUAAAGAACCUGAUAUGUAUAUUGGAAAAUAUACAUGUCAUGUUAAUAUAAAUUCAACAUAUGAAAUAACAUCAUCAGGUUAUAUUGAUGUUAAAUUACCAUUAAAUGAUAUUAAUGAUAAUGAUAAUGAUGAAACAACCAUGGGUAUGUAUAAUGAAAAAGAAUUAGGUAAAUUAGCUAUACAAUAUAAUGUACCAUUUAUUCUUGAUGAAAAUGAUUUAACAUCAUUUGGUAAACGUGUACAAAUUGGUGGUACAUUUUUAACAAAAUGUCAAUCUGUACAAAGUUCAUAUCCAAUAAAAUUUCUAUGGAUACAUUUAAAAAAUUCAUCAAAUAUUGAACAAUCUGAAAGAAUAAAAACAAUACGUUUUAUUCAACGUGAUGAUAUAAGAAUUAAAAUACAAGAAAAUAAAUAUUCAAGUUCUUUAUUCAUCUAUCCUGUUGAACUUGCUGAUGAUGGUGAAUAUGUCUGUAUAGCUUCAAAUGCUUUUGGUCGAUCAUUUUCUAGUAGACGUUCAUUGAUUGUUUCAGAACGUAUGAUAUUUCCUCGUAUACGAGAUAAUCUUCUUAAUCAUAGUCAAUUUGACCUUCAAAAUGAUGGAAUAAAAGAACUUGUUUGUAUAGCUGAUGGUUAUCCUGAAGCUAAUGUUAUUUGGAUUCGAGCAUCAGAUUCGAGUCUUCUUGCACGUAAUACUACACGUACUAUACUUAAAUUUGAUAAUGAAAUGCAUGGUAUGAAUGAAUAUAUUUGUGAAGCUAAAAAUAAGCAUGGUUUAACUAAAAUCAUUAUAACUGUUAUUAUACCAGAUAACCAAACAAAACCAUUAUUAAGCUAUAGUGAUAUUCAAAGUCAUAGUGUUUUAUUACGAUGGCGUGUAUCAAAUGGACAUUAUGAACGUUUUAAUCAUUUUAUUAUUUAUUAUCGUCGUUUACAUAAUUUCGAUGAUAAUGAUAAAGAACAAAAUGAUAUUAUAAAUAUACAAGAUUAUAAACAAGUACUUAUUGAUCCACGUACAACACGUUAUAGUUUCACAUUUCGAAUGAUUGAUUUAAUUCCAUAUACAAAAUAUGAAUUUCGAAUAAAAGGUUUUAUUGGUGCUACACCAUCAGCUUAUUCUGAUUCAAUUAUUAUUAAAACACUUGAAACAAUACCAGAAAAAAUUGAUCAUCUUCAUGGUUAUGUUUGGAAUGAAACAUCUAUAGUUGUUCAUUGGACACCACCUAAUUCUACUAAUGGACCUAAUUUUCAUUACAUCCUCUAUUAUACAACAAAUACAUCAAUACCAUUUGAUAAAUGGUCUCAUCAAAUUGUUCGAACAUAUCCAUUUUAUAUAUUAAAACUUUCAAAAUCAGAAAUAUCAAUUCUUUUUAUUCGUAUUGCUAGUGUUAAUGCUAAAGGUUCAAUAUUAAGUGAUUUUCAUAUAAUUAAUCGUAGUUUAACAAAUCAUAAUUUAAUAUCAACUAUAGAUAAAUUUCAAUGUACAUCUGAUGAUAUUAAUCAAUUAUUUUCUAUUCAAUGGACUAUUGAUUAUGAAUCACGUUUUUAUAUAAAUAAAUAUAUCUUAUAUUAUCUUGAUAUAACAGAAAAUAAUGAUGAUUUAAUACGACAAUUAAUAAUACCAAUUAAUUUUUUAUCAAUUAAUAAACAACAAUCAUAUGAUUUAUAUAAAUAUGAAUUUAAUAGUUCAUUAUUUAAUUUAAAUUAUAAUUUAAAUCAUAUAUUAAGAUUACAUUUAGCUAUUAUUGAUCAAAAUCAAAAUCAUUUACCAAUGACACAACCAGCUAUUUAUUGUACUCUAACAAGAAAAUAUGGUAGGAUAAAUUAA